AUGUUUUUUAUUCUGAAAUAUCAAUCAUUGCGGCGUCUUUCACGUCCAAUUCUCCGCGCAGAGCCUGUUCGUGCAGCUUACCAAAGCUUUGUGUUCCCCGCAACAAUCAUCUAUUCCCGCAAUAUGGCAACCGGAAACUCCAUGAAAAUCACCGAUUGGGUGAAACCUGGUGACAAGUCCGGCGAGUUCAAACGUCAGCAAUCUGUCUUCCGGAACUGGAUCUCUAGAGAGGCCGGCGCCCAAUUUCCUCCAGAGAAGGGCCGGUACCAUCUUUAUGUCUCUUAUGCCUGUCCAUGGGCUCAUCGGACUUUGAUUACUCGGAAGCUCAAGGGUCUCGAGGACUUCAUCUCUUUCUCUUCGGUGCAUUGGCAUCUUGGAGCGGAAGGUUGGCGAUUUGCUACUCCUGAUGAGAAACUGUCGGGGGAGAACACCAUUCCUGAUCCUCUACACCCGGAAUUCACUCAUAUCCGACAGGUCUACUUCUCCAAUGAUCCAGACUACACGGGUCGGUUCACCGUCCCAGUUCUCUUCGACAAGAAGACCAAGCUGAUCGUAAGCAACGAGAGCUCGGAAAUCAUCCGCAUGCUCUACCAUGAGUUCGACGAUAUUCUCCCAGAGCAAUACAAGAACAUCGACCUCUUCCCCAAGGCUCUACAAGCCGACAUCGACGCCUCCAACGAAUGGAUCUACAACGACAUCAAUAAUGGCGUAUACAAAUCCGGUUUCGCAACCACGCAAGAAGCCUACGAGAAAGCCGUAACAACACUUUUCUCCUCGCUUGACAAGGUCGAAGCCCACCUCGCCAAGCAAGAAGCAGCCUCGAAGCCAUAUUUCUUCGGCGACGAGAUCACCGAGGCUGAUAUCAGACUCUACACCACCAUCGUGCGAUUUGACCCGGUCUACGUGCAGCAUUUCAAGUGUAAUCUGCGUGAUAUCCGCUCUGGAUUCCCGGCGAUUCACCGCUGGGUGCGCAGGCUGUAUUGGGAUGUCCCUGCUUUCCGGGAUACCACCGACUUCGAGCAUAUCAAGUUCCAUUAUACUAAAAGUCACAAGCAGAUUAAUCAGUUUGCUAUUACUCCUCUGGGGCCUGUGCCGGAUAUUCUUCCUAAGGGUGAGGAGGUUAGGGCUGUGCAGGAGGCUAAAUAA